CCAUUGCUAAUGCUCCAUUAAAAUAUCGAAAAAUCGAAUGUUACAGAAGUUGUUUUUACGAUCAAGAUCAACGAAUGAAGAUGUUAGUCUAUUACCUGACCCUCAUUUUCAUCUUACUUACGAGUCUGUCCUUCUCCAAUGCUCUUGUGUCGUCGCCGGAGAUUAACCCCUCACCGCCGUAUCCCAAAGCCAUAUCUGAUUUGAAGGAGGCCAUUGUAAAGGGACUAGGGUUUCAAGCGGAAGAUUUUAAGGUUUCAGGGUUUGAUAUUAGAGAUGCUUUGGUUGGUCGAUCGGUAGCGUAUGAAUUCGACAUUGAAAUAGAUAAUCAGGUUUUUCCGUUAAAGUUAUUAGAGGAUGUGAAUCGAUGGGAGUAUGUGGAUUUGCCUAUUUUUAGAGUUGAAAAAGAGGGAUUGGUUAGGGCUGGUGAUCAGAAUGGGUUAGUGAAACAGAAGGUGAUGCCGGAUCAUGGGUUGCCUGUCCUAGCUCCUUUUCAGCUUGCUGGACCUAUGGAGAUUUGGAUUCAAGAUGCUAAGGAUAUGCGUAUUAAGUUACCGCAUGAUGUAGAUGCUGGUGUCUUGAAAAAAGUGAUAUUGGCAGAUGGUGCUGUGGUAACAGUCAAGGGUGCCCGAUCAGUUAGCCUACGCCACCCAAUUGAUUUUCCAUUACCCUUCAAUCGAACUCAAAAUGGUUUUGCUUCUGGUAUUCUGGCCCUAGCUGAACAUCUCCGUCAUGCUUCUCGCAUUGAAGGAGCACCACUUCUAUCCCUCCGCAUAGUUGGCGCUACCUCCCUCACUUCUCCAUCAUCGUCGUCAUCUUCUUCCAAUAACAGGCUCAAGCUAAAACGCCUCGCCCCAGGCCUCGUGGAGUUAUCCAAAAGUGCAAAAUUCCAGCCUGUUGAUGCACUCUCCCCUGUUAAUUUGGAUGAAGCCACAGCAGUCUUAACUCCUAAGCAUUUCACUACAAUGUGGCCUUUUGGUUCUGUGAAUGGCUCGAACGUGAAUUUGCUAGGUUUUGAGAAAUUGCUGGCUGCUGUGUUGGGUCCUAGGGCAAAUAAGAAAGGCUCCUUCAAGUUGUUGAAGGCAGAUGUGUCAGCUCAGACAUUCGUGAAGAUCGGAUUUGGGGUUGAGAAGAAGUUGAAAGAAGGGGAUUUUGAUUGGCAAAACUUUCCUGAGUGGAGGACAAAGCCCGAGUCUGUCAGGAUGCAUUUUGAGGUUCUGGCUAAGGUUGAUGGAGACAAAGUUGUGCCUGAGAGGGUAAUGCAGGUUAACCCUGUGGUUGUGGAAGAUACUGUAGCAUCUAAUGUUCUCCAGGGAAAUGUGACGGUGUCUAAGAUACCUACAGUUCACCCGCCCUCUAACCCCUUCUCCUUGUAACUUAUUUUGCCCAAAGUUACUAGCGAGUGUAAAUCUUGUGCUUUUUUUUCCCCCCAAACAUAUAUUUAUGAUGAGAUGUAUAUUUGUAAACAAAAUGCAAAGAAAUAAUAAAGGUCAGGGAUAUUUUCACUCCA